AUGAAUCACGGUUCACAGUUGAGGGUAAUGAUGGAGGAGCUAGAGCUAUUAGAAAAGUUGGUGAAAGGUUCAAGUAAGAAAAUAUUAUCAAAGGAACCAAGUGGGGAAAGAUUUGCUAUUAAGAAUGCAUUUGGAACGAUUGUAAUUAGUCAAGAGUAUCUUGAUGAUAUGUUGCAACAAGACAUUAACAAUUCACAAUAUGAAGAACCUGCAAUAUAUGAAUUUGCUCAUACCAAUAACAUGAAUAAUACAACUUUAAACAUAGUAAACAAUGAUAAGAGUAACAACAACGGCUCUGACAAUGAUAAUGAUAUUAUCAUUACGCCAGUACUCUCUACACAAUUAAGAGCUAGACUUAGUAUAGAGAAAAAACUUAGAAGAGAUGAAAAGAAAAAUUCUUUGUAUAUUGUCUCAUAA